GAGAACAAAACUCCAUCAAAAUCAUCCACCUGAGCUACAAAUCUCCACCAUCUUGAAAUGAAUUCUUAUCAAAUUAUCCUUUUAUUAUUAUUAUUAUUCUAUACUGAUUGUUUCAAUUGUAUAACUGAUGAACUUCAAUACUCCACUUUCAUUAUUAUCAUCAAUCAAAGAAUCAAUUCAUGAAAUGAAUUGGAUUAGAAAAGACAAAACUACUCAAUUCUUUAAACAUACUUCAUGGAAAGUAUCAAAUUUAUCACAGUUGAAUAUCAUUACAAAAGAACCCACUAAUAAUGAACUAUACGAUAAUAAUAAUAAUAAUAACAAUACUUUAACUACUAUACUGAAUCAUGAAUUGAUUUGUUGAAAUCCUUCAAAAGAACUAUUCAAUA